AUGGUCUGUUCUGCUAGUGUUUGUGUCUGUGCUGAAAAAUCAACUUGCUCAUGUGGUAAACAACCAGCUUUAAAAUGUACUUGUGAAAGAGCAAAUGUUGAAAAUGUAGUUCCUGAAAAUGCUGAAGCUUGCUCAUGUGGUAAAAGAUUCAAAGAUUCUUGUACUUGUGGUAUAAAUUCUGAAUGUGAUGGCCAUAGAGAAGGAGAAGUUGAUUUUACAAAUCUAAAAUAA